GGGAAAGAGAAAGAGAUAGGCCGAACAGCUGAUUCCAUCGGACUCAGAAUUACUGACAGAAAUUCGAAUGUCAGAUUAUUUUUGUUUCUUUACAUUUCGAAUCCAUCACUGUUAAUUUAAAUAGUCUUGUUCAAGGGGAAAUGGAGCCCCAGGAUAUUUACUACAAUAAAUCGGAAUACGUGGAGACGGCCUCAGGGAAUAAAGUCAGCAGACAAACUGUCCUCUGUGGAUCUCAAAACAUCGUUUUGCAUGGGAAGGUCAUUGUCCAGUCUGAUGCUAUUAUUAGGGGAGAUUUGGCGAAUGUGAGGACCGGUCGUUACUGCAUAAUCAGUAAGAACGUCGUCAUCAGGCCGCCCUUCAAAAAAUUUAGUAAAGGAGUGGCAUUUUUUCCACUUCAAAUGGGGGACCAUGUGUUUGUUGGAGAAAGGGCUGUAGUUAAUGCUGCUGUGGUCGGUUCAUACGUCUACAUCGGUAAAAAUGCAGUGAUUGGAAGACGAUGCAUUCUUAAGGAUUGUUGUUACGUUGAAGACGGUGCUGUCGUCCCCCCUGAGACGAUAGUCCCCUCAUUCACGAGAUUCGCUGGUAAUCCAGCAACACCAGUGGAGGAUCUGCCUGAAUGUACCCUUGAGUUGAUGGUGGAUUUCACCAAGAAUUAUUAUCAACAUUUUCUACCAGCACCAAACUAACCUUUGUCAAGUCUAAAGUAUUAUAACUUAUCGUAAUUUUUGUACUAUACCUAAAUAUUUAUUUAAUUAUCUCAGAAA